AUGACCUUUUUAAUAUCCACCUUGGGUCGCUGUUCCACCCGCCCAGCAACAUUGCAUCAAAUUAACCGAUUAUGUAAAGCCAACUACUCAGUUGCUGCCACCGGACAGGAGGUGCUUGUGGAAAGGUUAACUGGCGAACAAAAAGGUAUUACCGUUUUGGGAUUAAAUCGCCCAGAGGCCAAAAAUGCCUUCAGUCGUGGAUUGGUGCAAACCUUCUCGAAUAUCCUCAAUGAAAUUAAGCGGGACAAUGGUUCUCGUGUUGUCGUCCUGAGAAGUCUUACACCGGGCAUUUUUUGUGCCGGUGCUGAUUUGAAGGAACGCAAAGGUAUGACCGAGGAGGAGGUGAAGGAAUUCGUCACGGGCCUCAGACAAUUGUUGAUUUCGAUUGAACAGCUGCCAAUGCCGGUUAUUGCAGCUUUGGAUGGUGCCGCCUUGGGUGGCGGUUUGGAAAUGGCUUUGGCUUGUGAUAUACGCACGGCCGCCAAUACAACCAAAAUGGGUUUGGUUGAAACGAAAUUGGCCAUUAUUCCCGGUGCUGGUGGUACUCAACGUUUGCCACGUAUUCUGUCGCCAUCCUUGGCAAAGGAAUUGAUAUUCACCGCCAGGGUGUUCAAUGGUGAGGAAGCCAAAGAAAUGGGUAUUGUUAAUCAUGUUGUACCGCAAAAUGAAACCAAGGAUGCUGCCUAUCGCAAGGCUUUGACAUUGGCUGAGGAAAUUUUGCCCAAUGGACCGGUUGGUGUACGCAUGGCCAAGCUGGCAAUUGAUAAGGGUAUGCAGGUGGAUUUAAGCACUGGCUAUUCCAUUGAGGAGGUAUGCUAUGCCCAGGUUAUUCCCACCAAAGAUCGUUUGGAGGGUCUUAAAGCUUUUGCUGAGAAACGUAAACCUGUCUAUAAGGGAGAAUAA